AUGGCCCCCGCUACCAAGUUCGCGCACCUCCCCAUCCCGGUCUCGGAGGGCAUCGACUACACCAAGCAGAUCGUCGAGGUCCCAGGCACGAAGCGUCCCGGCCAGACCGCACACUAUCACUGUGCCGCGUACCCGUUGAGCACCAUCGACAGCCCGGGCGUGUACACGAACCUGGUCGAGAUAUACGACGAAGGCUUCGCGCGCGCGCAGGGCGGCAGGUUCUUGGGCCACCGCCCGCUCCUGAGCGCGAGCCCGCCGACGUUCGCAAAGCACCACGUCUGGCAGAGCUGGCCCGAGGUCGACGCGCGCCGCCGCGCGCUCGGUUCCGCGCUGGAGACGUUGUGGAGGAGCGGGAAGCUCGGCGGGAGCGACCUGCCUACGGUCGGCAUCUGGAGCAAGAACUGCCCGAACUGGCAAGUCAUCGAUCUCACCAUUCAGGCGUAUGGGAAGGUAUCAGUCAGUCUGUAUGAUACGUUGGGGAAAGACUCCGCGGGUGCCAUGAAUCACGCUGAGCUGUCGGUCUGCUUUGCCACCGCCGACCACAUCCCCGGGCUGCUGAAGCUUGCCCCCAAGUGCCCCAAGCUGAGAAUGAUCGUCUCCAUGGACGCCCUAUCUGAACAGACCAAGAAUGUGCUUGCUACUUGGGGAGAGACCGUUCAGGUUGAAGUCAAGGAGAUGUCUGAGAUUGAGGACUUCGGUCGCGCGAACCUCCUUCCUGUGAUUCAACCUACCUCUGACCAAGUCGCCACGAUCUGCUACACGUCGGGUACGACUGGUACACCAAAAGGUGUCGUACUGACGCACGGCCAGCUCGCGCAAGCGACAUAUGGCUUCCUUUACCAGCUCGGCCUGGAAGGCACCGAGAUCGUCAUGAUGUCGUUCUUGCCUCUUGCUCACAUCUAUGAGCGUAUCAUGGAACUCGUUGCGAUCUCGCUGGGUGCAUGUAUCGGUUACACCACCGGUGACCCUCUUACCCUCCUAGAAGACCUCGCCAUCCUGCGCCCGCACUUCUUUCCUGCCGUCCCUCGCGUUCUCAACCGUGUCUACCAGUCGGCGAUGGCCGCGGGCUCGCAGCCGGGUCUCAAAGGCGCGCUCUUCCAGAAGGCUGUGGCCACGAAAAUCCACAACCUCCGCGAGUACGGGCAGUUUUACCACAUGCUUUACGACCGCCUCGUGUUCCGGAAGCUGGCCAACGUGCUCGGCGGACGCAUGAAGCUGAUUGCCACUGGGUCUGCCCCCAUCAGCGCCAACGUUAUGGAGUUCCUCAAGGUUGGUCUGCUGUGCCAAAUCCUUGAAGGGUACGGCAUGACCGAGAACUGCGCCGCCUUCGUCAAGACGUCCUUUGGUGACCCGUGGGCGAGCGGCACCACCGGCUCGAUCAUGUCUAACACCGAGCUCAAGUUCGUCGACGUGCCGUCGAUGGGUUACUCGGCCGAUGACAAGCCAUUCCCCCGCGGCGAGAUCUGCAUGCGUGGCCCCCAGCGCUUCAGCUGCUAUUACAAAGACCCGAAGAAGACGGAGGAGACGAUCGACCCCGAGGGCUGGCUGCACACCGGCGACGUCGGCACGCUCGACGCCUCGGGCCGCCUGCGGAUCAUCGACCGCGUGAAGAACAUCAUGAAGCUCGCCCAGGGCGAGUACGUCGCGCUCGAGAACAUCGAGAACGUGUACUCGGGCUCGCCGCUCGUCGCCCAGGUCUACGUCCACGGCGAUUCGUUGCAGUCAUAUCUCAUCGGUGUCGCCGUCCCGGACCCGAUCCACUUCUCUGCACUCCUCACUCGCGUGACGGGCAAGACAGUCGCACCCGAGGACGCCGCCGGGCUUGCGGCCGCCGCGAAGCUGCCCGAGGUCGUCGCUGCGGUGCACGAUGAGCUCCAGAAGGCGCCACACAAGCAGGGCUCAAGGGGUGCCUUCGAGAUGAUCCGCCGGCUGCACGUCACGAUGGAACCGUUUACCGUCGAGAACGGGUGCCUGACGCCGACGCUGAAGGUGAAGCGCAAAGAGGCGUACGAGUUCCACAAGACGGCGCUCGACGGGCUCUAUGCGCUCGGCGAGCCGGGCAAGGGUUCGCUGGCGAAGAUCUAA